UAAAAAGAAUGAGAAAAAAAGAGAAAGAUAAUUAACAUCAGAGAUAAAGAGAGACAGAGAUAACAUUAUGUCAACAUACUGAUUAUUUCAAUGAAUUAUAAAGCCACUUUUAUGUUUUUCCAAUUGAAAAUGCUGUUACAUUGGAUGCUGGUCUCCAGAAUGUGAUUUUAUUAAAUAAAUAUAUUUUAAAAAUUUUAUUCAAUUAAGGAGUAAAUUUAAAAAAAUUAGUCUGUACAGGGACCAACUCUCACUUAUUUACUAGUUGCUUAUUAGCAUGCCUAUUAACAUAUUGUCUGUUUAUUAGUACUCAUAAAGCACAUAUUCUGCAUGACCAUAUUCUAUAUCACUAAUCCUACCAAAUUCCUAAACUUAACAACUACCUUACUAACUACUAAUAAGCAGCAAAUUAGGAGUUUAUUGAGGCAAAAGACGUAGUUAAUGAAUGUUAAUUGCAAGAAUUGGACCUUAAAAUAAAGUGUGACCAAAAAUUGUAAUCUAACAUAGUAUUAGAAUAAAAGACCAGGAAUGUGUAAUAAGAAAACAAGUCCUUGAUCAGCCAGCUUCACCACACCAUGCUGGUCAACUAGCUUUACUACCACAGUUUUGCUGAUUAACUGCAUGACUAUGCUGAAGCUAGACCACCAAUAAACCAUCAUAAACCAACCUGAUCCAGCAUGGAAAUCUAUGCUGGUCUUUUCAGCAGACUUCAUAAACACAAUGUGCAAAGCACACCAGCACAGAGACUGUAUCCAAGCUGAACAUCUCUAACACACUCCCAUGUAAUGAAUCAAAUAGAGGGACUCUCAAUAGACGAGCUUAACUAGUUGUUUCUGCACCUGUCUUUCAUGUGGGCUUUUCUUUCUGACUGAAGGGGGAUUCUUCCUCGAAACUGAUCUCUCUCUGACCUCAGCCCUGCUCAGCUAGAAAAGGAAUUCCACACGUGUUUGCCUGCAGGAGUAAUGGUUUUAAAAGGGUGUGGAGCUAGCGAUGAGGUUUCCCAAAUCAGCCGGUUCAUAACAUUACUAAAUUCCCCACUCAUACCCACAAUGCAAUGACAGCCCCUGGGCAAACAGAACACUGAUCCUCUCCUCAUGACACACAAAACACACUGACACACACACACACACACACACAGGGCUGAUUAGGGCUAGCGGUAGCUUGUGAACCAUAAAGUUGAAUGAUGACAAGAGGUUAUAGACAGACGGCUGGGAAAAUCUCCUCUUGCUUGCAUUAUACUUUAUACUGAGUGGCUGGAUUGAAACCUCCUGUUUGACAUGAAGUGCUUUUGCUUCUCGAAAGCAGAAGUGAGGCGAACAGGCAGGCUAAGUGAUGGCAAGGCAUGUAUAUAAACAACUGGAUGUCGAGGACACAGGAAGUUGAAUGCAAAAACUUGCUAGAGGCUCCGCUUCAAAGAGUGAUGCAGAACGAGAGUCAAAGAGUUAUGUGAUCUCAAAUGUAAAGGGACAAACAAAAUAUAUUAGGUUUUUGGUGGGAAAAUAAGAGCAGCCCAAAAGAGAAGGAACAUGUUGACUGAACUGUGUAGAAAGUAUUGUUUUUCUCACAUCAACCCCAACUCACAACCCCCACAUUUUUCGCUUCAUCCCGCCCUCGCUCUUCUGACACUCAACAUAGAAUCUCUGAAACAGAAAACAGUGUGCUGAGUCCUCAGGCAUCUGACAAUGAUUAAAUUGAAAGUGAAGGCAUUUCAGGGUAGGCUACAACUCUGUAUCACUUCUUCUCCGGCCACUGCUGAAGGUCAAGACCAUGUCCACAUCCCAGAAUCAACAUGACAACAGUGGGAUCUGUUUAUAUGCUGUUAAUUGGAUAUAAAAAUCACUGUGAGUAAAAGACAAAUCCUAAAAUCUUAGUACUGUAUGUCGAGACUGAACUCCACCCAAGGCUUGUUUUCAUAAUCUAAUCCACAAAUCACACCAUCUUCUCCUUAAAAAGAAAAAAAUGUAGUCUAUAUAGGAAAGAUUUCAAGAGUAAGACAUAAAUAAUGAUAAAGCACCAUUCUUUGGGACAAAAAGCAAAAAAUGCAAGUGGGCAAGAGACCAAAAGAACACCCAGAACAUGGAAAAUCCCCCCGUUCCCAUGCCAAAAAUCCAGUGAAGAAAAAAAUGUAACUCACCAGGGCCAAAACACUUUUGAGGUAGAGAGGGUACUGAAGGAAAAUAAUCUUUUUAGUCUUAUUAAAAACAGGAGUGGCUUUCUGAACUACUGUCAUCACUUCAUUUAUGGGUUUCUGUCUUUAUUAAAAUGAUUAUAAGUCAACAAUGGGAAAAAAAUAACAUCAUAAUUAUAUAAUUCAAUAACUUAAUUUAAACUCCAUUAAUUCAGAAUUACAUUGGAACUUUUUUGUAGCAUUAGUGCUGAUCAUUUAACACUACUAUUUUGAAGUCUGUGGCCUCAAUGCUAUUUUAGUGUGUUGCUAUUUUCAGUCCAGCAAGUAGCUGUGAGACUGCAGCGUGUGCACACUUCUGUUUACAAGUCCAAUCCAAACAGAAACACUAACUGACUCGAAGACUAACUUUAUGGUUCAUGAACAGAGUAAUCUAGGUAAGAACAGGCAGGAGAGAGGUGUUAUGGGGCCCCCUUGCAGUUUGGUUCAAAACAGGGAUGAAAGUGAAGAACAAGUUGAAGAGUCCACUGGAAUUCUAAGAGUAAGGGUUGAAGAGAGCGUUUUCGCCAUAGACAGGGCCAUCCUGGGACAGAACUGUGAGUAUUUCCGUGCUCUCUUCCGCUCUGGGAUGAAGGACAGUCAGCUGAACGAGUUCCACCUGCAGGGAGGCUUGAAAGCCAGGGGUUUCCUCAUCGCCAUGGCAGUUUCCAGGGGUGAGAGCCCUGUUAUAAGAGACCCAGAUGAGAUCGUGGAGGCUGCAGAGUGUGCGGCCUUCCUUCAAGUUGAUGUCCUGGUCCAGCACUUGAUAGACCUUCUUGAUACCGACAACUGCAUUCUUCUGUACCACACGGCAGCGGUGUACGGCUUGUGGAGGUUGUUUCACAGCGCUGCAGUGUUCAUUCGUGAUGCUUAUAGUGACGUGCAAGAUGCUCUCGAGGCACUUCCAGAGGAGCUGAUCUGCUACGUGGAGUCGCUUUCAUCAGCAUCGUUUGUCGCUCUAGGGACUCAUUCGCCAUCCAUGAAGAUUCUGCAGGACUGCUACAGGACGGUGUUUUACCUCGAUGAGAAACCAGGAGCUUGGAAAUAUCUGACUGAUCUACCAACAGACUCCAGCACCUCUAUGGCUGGGGUGGCUGUUGUGGAGAACCGACUGUAUAUCGUUGGAGGAGUGCGAGGAGUUAGCAAGGAAACUGUUGACUUGAGCUUCUGUUAUGACACAGAUUCCAACACUUGGAGUGUGUUUGAUGGUCCUCAGCAGUCCAGGUAUAACUUUACCCUGGUGGGUCACAAUGGACAUUUGUACGCCAUCGGAGGUGAAUUUGACAAAAGGAUCAUGUCCUCUGUAGAAGCGUGUGAUGUUUCUACAAGCGCGUGGACAUUUUGCAAGCACGCGCCUCGUUCGGUGGCUGCGGCGGCUAGUGCUGUUGCCAGGCGUAGGAUAUUUGUGUGUUUCUGGAAGUCACCGGAUACUACGGACAUUUAUGAAUAUGCACCUAAAAAUGACAAAUGGACGCUGGUCACCACUAUGGUCAAGCCUCAGAGUUACGGACACUGCAUGGUGGCUCACGGCGACAAACUGUAUGUCAUGAGGAACGGCCCCUGUGAUGACUUCCUGCGCUGCAUUAUGGACUGCUACAACAUCACUACGGGUCAAUGGACAGCCAUGCCAGGACACUAUGUCAAUAGCAGGGGUGCCCUCUUUACGGCUAUGGUGAGGGGGAACUCUGCGUUCACCGUCAACCGCAAUUUGACCCUGGAAUAUGUCAUUUGCGGUGACAAAUGGAAGCCUCGUAGACAGAUGACGGGUUUUCCAAAAAGUGGCUCGCUUUGGACUUGCUUACUCAGACUGCCUAAGAGCACAGAUGCACAGCAGCAACGUGAUGCAGAGGAAGCCCUGGAGAUGGACGCCAAUGUGGAAAGUGUGGAAGAAGAUUUGGUAGAGGCUAAUUAUCCACCUUAGGGAUUGCAGAUCAAUCUGUUAUUUUAUUUUAGAAAAAUAGGUUUAGAACAACACACGAUUGAGUAAAUGAUGACAGAAUUUCCCUUUCAAUUAUUUGAAUGCACAAAUUCAUCUAAUGUUCUAAACAGUAAAUAAAAGCAACCGUCUCUUUGCAUACUGUCAACGGCAAAUGAGAGACACGCAAUAAAUAAAUAGGUGUGAACACGUCUACCGUUUCUCAUUCCCACACAUAUGCACACGCACACGUGUCCAUGCUCUAACUGCGGUUCUCUAGCCUCUAUAAACAGCUCCUCGAUCGCUUGUGCAGCUGCUGUUAAUCAGCCCCAGCACCCCGCAGAUGGGUCUGAAGUUCAAAGACUUCUCACUGGAGAGCUCUAAUACUCUCCAUCCUCCUGUCUGUCUGUACGUCUGACCGACUGCAGACUCCCACAGCAGACACAGGAGCUACAAAGUAUUUCAACGCAGAGACUCCACGCUUUUUGCAUCCUUACUUGUAUUUCUAUCAUUUGAAAAAAAAUUGUAUGCUAUCGUUUAGGACAAUUACUGGUUCUAAUGAAGGCAGGAUUCAUUAUCGACCUGCAGGAUUAGUUAUUGGCUUCUUUGUGGCUUAUAAACAAAAACACACAGCUAUUUUUGAGCGUGGGAAACAGAUACAUAACAAAUAUGUGGUCAAACUGAAAGUAAACAGCAGAUAAUAAAUGACAGCAGCAUUGUAGAUAGUGAGAUUGAAUGGCCGAUAUAGCUAAAUAUGUAUUUCACGAUAUGUAUUUACUCUGUAAUGGCUUCUUUUAACCAAACUGCAAUUAAAUAGAAUCAAAAUAUUUAAUAAAAUAAAGUACAAAUCUAAUUAAAAGUAAUAAUGGCAUGCUAUUCACACAGUGAAAAAUAAUCUAUAAUAAUAAUAAUAAUGAUAGUGUAAAGUGUAAAGUGUAAUAUUUUAAAUUAUGCACCUUUACAUGAACCAAAAAUAAAAUAAAUAUUAAGCAACAUAUGUUUAACUUAAAUAUUUUAAUACAUGAAAAAAAUGCUAUGUCCGGACUUCCAUGAAUAUUUGUUAGUGAUGAUGUAAACAAAUAAUUGAUUCUUGAAUUACUAAAUCGCAGAUUCCUCAAUCAUUGAAUAUUUGAAUUAUGAAUCAAUUAAUUGAAAAGCACUGAACAGUGUGUUAAAAUAAUUGUGAUAUGCACAGAAAAUCACUGCAAAUAUAGCGUGACUAUUCAAUUUAUACUGUAUCGCCCAACUCUAAUAGUAGAUUAUAUAUAGUGUUGCAUUUGUGUUGGGGAACUAAUUGUGUUAGUUACUUUUCAUGGAAAGUAACUUGGUAUGUUACUAUUGUGUUACUUUUUGUCACCUGGGCUGGGCUUGCUUAUUUGUUUUUUAAUACCAAAAAAAAAAAAAAGCAGUUUUAUUUUUGGCAACUGUAAGGGCUCUGUCACACCCCUUUACUCUCACCCUUUUACUGAGGCAGAAGGAAGUGCCUUUGUAAUGCAUUACUCAACACUGGUGUCAUACUAGCAUUUCAAAACAAACCUAGUGUGAAAUGUAUCUUUGUCAUUCUGUAAAUAGUGUUUAAAUGAAGU